AUGUUUGUGUUUAAAAACACUUCUGAUAGUACAAAUGAGUCGACGCUUGAUGAGAAAAAAGAAGACGUCUAUAUUGAUAACUCCGAAUUUUUGAAUGCGUUUCACAAGGAAUUGGUCACUUUCAAAGAAAUGAUAAGUCAAGGUAAACAAGGUGGUGAUGAGAAAAUUCGACUGAACCCAUCAACAGUGUUAUUCUUCAAUGGGUUGACGAACCCGACAUAUGGGACAAUGAACACGUUGUCUAAAGAGUUCAAUAAAAUCAAAGAAGUCGAAAUCUUUGGAGAGGAAGAUCAAGUUGAGAAUGUUAAUAUGAACGAACGACCACCACUUUCGUUGUCUUUUGUGGAGUCGUGUCACAUUGAAAGUAUCAGUUUUCUGAACAUCUACUGCAAAGUGGAAAUUACGACGUUAAACAUCCCAAAUCGACUGAAAGAACUGAAACUAGACGGUGUCAAAGUUGAUGACCUUCAAACACUUUUAUUAGGUGAAAACAAAGAUGCUGAUGAUACCGAAAUUGUGUGGACAAAUUUAAAGACCCUUUCUAUACGGAAUGCGGGUAUAAGAUCAAUUGAAUUUGGACUCUUCACCGCAGACUACUUCCCUGUUUUGAUGUCACUUGAUAUGAGCAGAAAUGAAAUAGAAACACUUGAUAACGUCGGAGAAAGACCAAUUGAUGAAUUAAAAAUGAACAACAACAAGAUCAAGAAAAUCGAGUUGACUGUUGUUGGGUCGAUCACAAAACUUGAGUUGGACGGGAACAAAAUUGACUCGAUUCUACCAAUACGAGCGUUUUAUGGAUUGGAGAAGUUGUCAAUGAAAAACAAUUUGUUAACAGAAAGGUCGUAUGGAGAGUUUGAAAAGGUCUUUUCGAAAAUGUUUAACUUGCGAUGGAUCAACUUUAUUGGAAACCCAAUCGACGACAAAGGCUUUUUAAAACGACUCCAAAAGGCUAUGCCAAUAUUUGUAAUGGAAACUACUGCUGAAAUUACAUUGGAUGAUGUUGUGCUUGGUCCGGACGAUUUAGCUAGAAGUGAGACUUGGCAAUGGCUUGGAAGACGAGAAGCGGAAGACCGGAUAGCGAAAGACAAAUUAGAGAAACGAGGGAAUGGAGAGAUGUCGCGCCAACAACAAAAAGAGACGGAAGCCGACAUUAAAGCUGAGCGCGAGAGGAAAAACAAUGAAAGAAAAGAAAGAAAGGCGAAGAAACAAGCCGAACUCGAUGUUGCUAAUUAUUACCGACAAUUUGUGCUUGACACAAAGAACGACACCCUUGAUGAAAAAACUCGACGACAUGCAUAUGAAGUCUUGAAGCAAAUGAAGAAGAAAAUUGAGUCAUACAAACUCAGACAAACUGGAUAUGAAACAAAGCGAAUGAACGAAGAUUCCGAGGAAGGUAGCGACGAUGAAAUGCCAGAUAUGGACAGAGAAGAUCGAAAGGGGAGUACUUUUGUUGUUGACGUGACCAAGUGUAACAGCAAAACGAUGUUUGACCAACAAUGCAAUUUGGUGAUGGACACCCUUCGAGACAAUCGAGAUCAAAAGAGUAACACCAUAAAAUUGCAAUAUGAUACGGAGAAGAGUAAGGUGGUUCGAGCAAAUGUCGAGGUUCCACUAAGUUUGGAAGACUUCGAACAGUACUUUAGAGACGUCGUCACGUUCUUUUUGAGAGCUAAAGCCAAUUUCAAAAGUGGAACUAAUCAGAACGUUCAAGAUGAAAGAUGGAAGAAGGAGUAUCGAAAAAAGGAAGAAGAAGUCGUUCGUAUCGAAGAAGAGAAAAAGAAGUUGAGCACGUUUAAAGGUGUCGGAAAGGCUAUUACAGACCAACGUCUUCUAUCGCGAAUCAGCGAGGCAAGAAACAGAAAGAAGCCAACAUUUCUUGUGUCGAGUGGAAAUGUGUUGAAUCUCGAGACUGAGAAUGAGAAAAGUUCACAACGAGACUAUAUCAAGAAGGUUGAAGAAAUCGAUGAACCCAAAACCAUCACAAUGUACCGAACAGAUACAUUCUCUAAAGAACUUAACCCAAAUAAUAUUCUUGAAAGACUUGAGAAUUGGGACGUCAAGGGAACGGCUUUAAAAGAACCGACUUUCUGUGUUGGGAACAAAGCGAACGGAAGUGACGAAGAUCGACAGAAGUUCUACGAAUUGGUCUACUUGUGCAAACAAUUUGAUACAAAGGCAAACAAACAGAAUGUCAUUGAGAAGUAUGGAACGUCGCACAGACCAAAUGCAAUGAUAGGCACUGCACAAUUGUGUAAAUUCCAACGAGAUGACCUCUUUGCUACAAGAGCAAGUCUCAACCCAGAUAAACCAAAUUACUUUGGUGACAAAGUCGAGCCAAAGGCGAUCAACGUGCAAGAAAUCAAGUUACUUGGCACUGUCAUCAAGUUUGAUGCCAACUUAUUCAAGCGCCCAAGUCUUAAAGGAGAUGCUCUGAGUGCAUCGACCUUGGCAAGAAAGACUGUUUUGGACUCAAGAAAGAAUGCACAGAAAUCUGCAGUGUUACAGUCAUCACGAAGAUUUGGGACUAAGCCUUCUGCGCUGACAUCUACGAGUGAUGGUAUGAAUCGUAAAAACUUCAUGUCAAAACAAAGACGACCAACACAAGAAAAUGUAUUAACACCAGCCGCUGUACCUCCACAAGUUGAAGCAAGCACUACUUCAUCAACAGAAGAAUCCGUUGAUGACAAACCUGCGCCAAGCAUUCCAAACGAAUUGUUCUCAAACCCAACAGGACCAAAGAGAAUGGCAAUGAGAAGAAGUGUAAGAGGACAAAGACCACGUGCAGACCCAACUUCGUUAUUAAACAAAACACUCGAAAAGCAAGCAGAACAACUCAAACAAGUCCAAGCAGAAGCUGCUGCUGCCGCCGCUGGAACUACUCCUGUUCUUCCUCCAAAACCCGCCCAACUUGUUAAAACUGAUGAAAAGAGAGAAGUUGCUCCAAUUGAGGUUGUCCCACCAACUCCACCAAAGCCACAAAGGCUUGGCAGAGUCAAUGACAAACAAACAAUGCCCGUGAUGUCAGAUAGUGGAAGUAAGGCAUCACAAAAUGAGUCGUCGGAUGACAACCGAUUCGAUAAUAAGUCUGACAGGACACAAAAAGAGGAUGAGAGAAAGAAAGCAAAAGAAGAGGAAAAGCGCGCCAAAGAGGAAGAAAAGAAGAACCAAAAGGAAGACGCCAAACGAAUGAAAGAAGAAGAAAAGCGUGUCAAAGAGGAAGAAGCAAAGAGAAUUAAAGAGGAGGCGAAAGAAGCUAAAAAGGCAAAAGAAGACGAGAAGAAGGCAAAAGCAGAAGAGGCCAAAAGAAUUAAAGAAGAAAAUAAGAAGCUCAAGUCAUCGAUCUCUGAAGAUUCACAAACAUCUUCACCACCACCCAUUCCAGCUCCAAGAGUACCAAAACCAACAAAAGAAGAACUUAACUUACCAACACCAGCUGCUUUACAAAAUGAGGACGAAGAAGAGGAAUAUGGACCACGAAAGGUAACAAGAGCAUCUUUGAUUAACUUGAAUAUGCCAGAACUCCAAGCAACAGACGAAAUUGAACAAGAAGAAGAGGAAGAAGAAUACCCACAACAAAGACGAUUUGGUGGUAUGCUUGGAAAUAAACAACCAAGAAGAAUCGAAUCAAGUCAAGACGCAAAUGAAGUUGCAGAGGAUGAAGGAGAUGAAGACGAAGAAGUUGUUGAGCCUGAGUUUGUCAAAAGAGGAUUCCAAUUGGGAAGAAACAAACCAAAGAACAUCAGAGAUAUGUUGCCACCUGAACCUGUCACACAAGAAGAGGAACAACAAUUGAGUGAAGAACCAGAACAAAAUAUUGAAGAAGAAAAUAACCCACCACUUCCUCCUGUAAACCCAAGAAGAGGUCUGUCGCAUCAAAAUGAAAGUCAAGAGAGUCAAGACCAAAGUGCAGAACAACCACAAGAUGAUGCACCACCCCCUCCACCUGUAAAUUCAAGAAGAAGACUGAAUUUGAGACAAACAAGAAAUGGCAGACCGAGUUUUGGGAAAGCAGGUAAUGCCCCAGCAGCACUUAUUUCACAUACAGAACAACCAGAAAAGAAAGAAGAAACAACUGAGGAAAAGGUGGAAGAAAAACCAGUAGAAGAAGAAAAGGUCGUCGCAGAACCACAGGAAGAAGUUGCUUCACAAGAACCUCCCACACUCCCACCACAACGAAGACAACGAGUCUCGUUCAGAAAUCGUCCACAUAAAAGUGAAGCGUCAAACGAAGAGAAAAGUAAAGAAGAAGACGAGUUUGGGGACUACAAGCCAGUCGACACUUCAAACAUUCAACUCAACUUGCCACUUCCAGAGAAAAAAGUUGAAGAACCACCACGUGAAGAAGAAAAUGAAAGCAAUGAAGAGGAGGAACCACAAAAACCACGGAUGGCUGGGAUACUUGGUGGGAAUAGAGCAAGAAAGGUCGAAGAGGUUCAGAGUGAGGAAGUUGAAGAACCAGAAGAAAGAAAAAUGGGAGGGAUAUUGGGAAGUCGAAGAGGACGACGAGUCGCACAAAAAAGUGAAGUGUCUGAAUCGAUCAGCGAAACACAAAGUGAAGAACCACAACCACAAAAGAGAAGAGGACUUCAAAUUGGCGCGAGAGCACAACAACAACAAACAGAAGGAGAUAACCCACUUAACAUCACUAUACAAGAGAUGUCGAAUGGCAACAAAAAGGUCGAAGGAGGACUUGAAGACUCAUCGACAUCACCAAAGAAGGAGAAACGCAAAAGUUUGAAAAGAAGACUAAGUGCUACUUUGGGCAUUGGAAGAAGAGAUAAAGCCAAAGAAAAAGACGAGAAGUCUGAAGAGUCAAAGUGA